AGGAUGGAGAGUACAUCCCGCAUGUGGAGUGUGUGACACGUACCGUGCUUCACGUGAACCAGUGGAACCCUGAAGAGGAAGCUGAGAUUUUGAUAUUCGGGCCUCCUGAUUACCAAAAGGACGUUUCCCAGAUGAUCUGGAACUUGGUUGAUUAUUUCUGCAAGCAAGUAAUACAAGAGGAAGACUGUUCUCAAGAAACUGAGACCCAGUGUCUUCCUAUGGCGGUUCGGGGGGCUGCUACCCAGCCGGCUCCGGUUGAUGUCUGUGAUCCUACCACCCAGCAGGCUCCUGUGGAGGUCCCUGAUGCUGCCACCCAGCUGUCUCCGGUGGAGGACGCUGAGGCUGCUAUCCAGGUGGCUCCAAAGGAGGAUGGUGAUGCCACCCAGUUGGCUCCAGUUGAGAACACUGAGGCUGCCACCCACCUGGCUCCUGUGAAGGGAGCUGAUGCCACCCAGCUGGCUCCCGUGGAGGACACUGAUGCCGCCACCCAGCUGGGUCCUGUGGUGGUCCAUGAGGAGGCUAGUGAAGCUGCCACGGUGCACACGUCAGGGGAGGUCCAUCAGGAUGUCACUAAGCAGUCUCGCAUUGAAGUCUGAGACUGCCACCCUUCCUAGCAGCACUCGGUAGAGGUCUCUGAGGUGGUUCUUGGCUGGGGUUGCGGGUUGGGGGGUUUACCGGUGGGGGGUACCUAGAGUUCUCCAGUGGAGAACCAUGAGACUGGAGCCCAGCAGUCUUUGGAUGUUAGUAUUGAGCCUCCAAAGACUGCCUGGGUCCAGUUACCAGGUUAUAAAGGUGACUCAGGUGUUGAACCAGGAUAAAUGUACACCCUCUAAUCACAACACUGGGAGGCAGAGGCAGGGGCUCUCUCAUUCCAGGCUAGUCUGGGAUGAAUGAGGCAGUGAUCUUUAAUCCCUGUGGAAGUCUCCAGACAUCUUUUUCUGAUUGUUUCGCCCUAGAAGUUGGGAGAAUGGAGUAGGAUCGUUUGUUUUCCCUAGAAGUUGGGAGAAUGGAGUAGGAUCAUUUGUUUUCCCCUUGUGUUCAGUGUUUGCAAACACAAUAAAAAAUAUUCCAAUAAAGAAUUGCACCCCCAAGGUGUUAUUUGGAUGAUAGAAAGGGAACAGUGCUUCAUCGGUCAAGUGCUAUUGGACACCCUCACUAUCUUCCUGAGGGUGGAAUCUUCUGGAUUGUUUGUCCCCACCCCAACACUCACAGGAUCAAAGGCUUCCCUUGUUCCUUAACCCAGUACAUCUGAUAGGGAUGGAGCUGCCUUGCAAGGCUGUUGAGUCUCCACCUGCUCUUUGACUCAAGGUGACUGGGGUUUGCAACCUGGUAAUUGUUGGACCCCAAAGUUUAGGGUCUCAAGUGGGUGCCCCAAGAACCCAGACUCCAGUCUAGUUGAUGCAACAGCAUGAGGAAUUUAUUGAAGCUUCUGUACAGAAGGGCAAACUCUGCUCCUAAGAGCAAGAGCCGCAUCUUACUGCAGCCACAUGGGGGUUUUUAAAGGAAAAGCCCACAAAACCCACAAGAUUACAAUUCCCAUACAAUUUCGUUUCACAAGAUCAUGGUCUGAUCACAGUGGGUACAGUCACGUCAACAAGUACAUUCUUCCUGAAAUCUCAAGGAGGGUAUCAGGGCGGGAGUGGAGUUUACACAAAGGUCACAGUGGUCCUUCCUGGAACACCUGCAACUAUCCCAGUCACAGUUGAGCACAUCUCUUAACAGAAAUCUUUUUACAUUAUUACAUUGUUACAGGGGUGGUUGAAUAAUGGCUGAGUCAGGUGGCCCUUGGAACUAGUUUUUUUUUUUAGUUCCUUAUUUCCUGGGGCUUGCGGGUGGGUGUAAGCCUGAAGGGUUAGGGUCUUUCAUUGAUUUGACAAAAACUGGCAUCGAAAGGUCCAUUUGGUUGUAUCUAGUUGCCACUAGCUAUUUCUGCUUUUGGUUGGUGUCCCUCUGGAGGGGGAUUGGAGAGCUGGGACUGGAAUACUGUUAUCUUAGGGUCAUCUCAAUUUCCUGAACUUGGAGAGCUUGUGGGUUGAGUCUCCUUAGGAAGUCUGAGGUGGGGGCUGGAGAGAUGGCUCAGAGGUUAAGAGCCCUGGCUGUUCUUCCAAAGGUCCUGAGUUCAAUUCCCAGCAACCACAUGGCGGCUGAAAAACAUCUGUAAUGAGAUCUGGUUUCCUCUUUGGGCCUGCAGGGAUACACUGUAUACAUAAUAAAUAAAUCUAAAAAAAAGUCUGAGGUGGCUGGGUAGUGGAGGUGCAUGCCUUUAAUCCCAGCAUUUGCGAGGCAGAGGCAGGUGGAUCUUGAGUUUCAGGCCAGCCUGGUGUACAGAGCAAGAUCCAGGACAGGCACCAAAACUACACAGAGAAACCUUGUCUUGAAAAACAAACUGUGUACAGUUCACUAGUUUGUAAGUAUGUAGAUAUCUUGUUGGAGCUUUCGUAAGCAAGAGAGUUCAGGGGCUGGAGUGGUGAUGCUCUCACAGAUAAGAACCUGAACUAGGCCUACUGAGGCCCCUGAGUUUGAUUGCUAGCACCUACAUCAGGUGACUUAUCUGCUUAUAAGUACAAUUCCGCUGGAUGCAAAGCUUCUGGCCUCCCCAGGACAACUCCACUCACUAGUGCAUAAUACCAACAUGCACACACAUACCUACACAUAAUUAAAAAGGAAUGAAAAUAAAAUAAAACUUAAAGCUUUAAAUAAAGUUUUUUUGUUUUUUGUUUUGUUUUUUUGGUUGUUUGAGACAAGGUUUCUCUGUGUAGCUUUGGAGUCUGUCCUGGAACUCGCUGUGUAGACCUGGCUGGUCUUGAACUCAAAGAGAUCAACCUGCCUUUGCCGCCCAAGUGAUGGGAUUAAAGGUUUGAGCCACCACUACCCGGCAAAUAAUUUCACUUUCUUCAAUCUCAAUGAAUAAACAAAGUGAACAGGAAACUAAAUGCAAAUAUAACUCCAUUGUUUAGAGAAAGGAGGCACUACAAAUGUAAAAAUCUGUCUGGUUAGGAAGCCACGUGUGUGGAGUUGCCUUCACUAAACGUGUCUUCCUUUGUUCUGCCCAGCUGUCUCGAGAGAGUAAAAGAAAUUGGGAAGUCCAGUGUGCUGGAGCAUGUCUCAAUUCCUACCUGGGCAGGCUGCUUAGCAAGACCCUGUCUCAAAACCGAAAGAAAUAGAAGGAAAAAGGAUGAGGAGACUUGUUAUCUAGGGGCAAGCAACUCAGCUAAGGUGCAUGGAAUGGUGAGACUUAAUUGGUGGUCUUGAAGUCAGGUAAGAGUCUGUCCUGAUGUUGGGUAGACUGUUGUCAAUUCCCUGUGUUGUUCACUUAGGGUGUCUGCUCCUUCCCAACACUUACGGUGUUUUUUUUUUUUUUUUUUUUUUUUUUUUCCCCUUGAGACAGGGUUUCUCUGUGUAGCUUUGUACCUGUCCUGGAUCUCUUUCUAUAGACCAGGCUGGCCUUGAACUCACAGAGAUCUGCCUGGCUCUGCCUCCCAAGUGCUGGGAUUAAAGGAGUGCCCCACCACCGCCCAGCUACACAUAUGGUUUUUUGUUUUUUUCCUUUUUGCUUUGUUUGAUUUUUGAGACAGCAUUUCUCUGUGUAGCCCUGGCUGUCCUGGAACUCUCUCUGUAGAGGAGGCUAACCUCGAACUCACAGAGAUUCACCUGCCUCUGCCUUCAGUGUGCUGGGUUUAAAGGCCUGUGCCACUACACCAGGCCCCAAUCCCUCUAGCUGCAGCAUCCCUCUCUCCCAGGUGCAGCCAGUGUAUCUGAGAAGCUUUGAGGGGAGGCGGGGCUUCUGGGAGUGGGACGCAAGGUCUGAGAUCCAAUUGGAAGGACAAGAGCAGGGCGGGGCUAGCAAUCCGCCCUUGAAAUAGGGCUCACCAGAGCUGCUGCUUUCGGGUUUGCUUUACUGAGUUUGGAGUUGCACAGGCUGUUUGCAAUGAUAUUGGUACAGUAUGGCCGCCUUCAAGAGCUUUAAGUCGCUCGUCCAGCUGCAACACCAAGAAGGGACUUUAUUUAAAGUGGUCGGAGACUCUAGAAAGUUGCCCAAGUGGUUCCAUACCGAGCAUCUGGAUGAUCCAGAAACAGUGUAUGUGGAUGCUUGGCUCGUGGAAAAGAUGUUUGGUAAGGAUGGAGAGUACAUCCCGCAUGUGGAGUGUGUGACACGUACCGUGCUUCACGUGAACCAGUGGAACCCUGAAGAGGAAGCUGAGAUUUUGAUAUUCGGGUCUCCUGAUUACCAAAAGGACGUUUCCCAGAUGAUCUGGAACUUGGUUGACUAUUUCUGCAAGCAAGCAAUACAAAGUAAGGAUGGAGAGUACAUCCCGCAUGUGGAGUGUGUGACACGUACCGUGCUUCACGUGAACCAGUGGAACCCUGAAGCAGAAGCUGAGAUUUUGAUAUUCGGGCCUCCUGAUUACCAAAAGGACGUUUCCCAGAUGAUCUGGAACUUGGUUGACUAUUUCUGCAAGCAAGCAAUACAAAAGGAAGACUGUUCUCAAGAGACUGAGACCCAGUGUCGUCCUGUGUCUGCCACCCAGUUGUCUCAUUGGAGAAAGCUGAAACCGCCACCCAGCUGGCUCCCGUGGAGGUUCCUCACUCUGCAUUCCCAGCUGUCUCCAGUGGAGGACGCUGAGGCUGCUACCCAACUGGCUGCGGUUGAGGUUCGUGUUGCUGCCACCCAGCAGGCUCCCGUGGAGGAAUCCGAGGCUGCCCCCCAGCUGUCUCCUGUGGCGGAUGCCGAGGCUGCCCCCGAGCUGUCUCCGGUGCAGGGCGCAGAGGCUGCCACCCAGCAGGCUCCGGUGGAGGACCCUGAGGCUGCCACCCAGGUGUCUCCGGUGGAGCACGCCGAGGCUGCCACCCAGGUGUCUCCGGUGGAGCACGCCGAGGCUGCCACCCAGGUGUCUCCGGUGGAGCACGCCGAGGCUGCCACCCAGGUGUCUCCGGUGGAGCACGCCGAGGCUGCCACCCAGCAGGCUCCGGUGGAGGACGCUGAGGCUGCCAUCCAGCUGGCUCCUGUGGGUGACUCUGAGGCUUUCACUCACCUGUCUCCUUUGGAGGACGCUGAGACUUUCACCCACCUGGCUCCGGUGGAGGUCAGUGAUGCCGCCACCCAGCUGGGUCCUGUGGCGGUCCAUGAGGCUAGUGAAGGUGCCACCGUGCACACUUCAUGUGAAGUCCAUCAGGAUGUCACUAAGCAGUCUGCCAUUGAAGUCUGUGAGGCUGCAACCCCCCCUAGCAGCACUCUGUGGAGUUUUCUGUGGUGGUUCUUGCCAGGGGUGGUUGUGGAUGAGGGUGGGUGUUGUGGGGAUGUACCUAGGGAGAGUACCUAGAGUUGUCUAGUGGAGAUCCAUGAGACUGGAGCCCAGCAGUCUUUGGAUGUUAGUAUUGAGUCUCCAAAGUCUGCCUAGGAACUAGUUACCACCUUAUAAAGGUGACUCAGCCAGGAUAAAUGUACACACUUCUAAUCCCAGCACUGGGAGGCAGAAGCAGGGGGUCCCUAGUUCCAGGCUAGUCUGGGAUGAAUGAGGCAGUGAUCUUUAAUCCCUGCGGAAGUCUCCUGACAUCUUUUUCUAUAGAAGUUGGGAGAAUGGAGUAGGAUCGUUUGUUUUCCCUUGUGUUCAGUGUUUGCAAACACAAUUAAAAAUAUUCCAAUAAAGAAUUGCACCCCCAAGGUGUGUUAUUUGGAUGGUAGAAAGGGAACAUUGCUCCAUCAGUCAAGUGCUGUUGGACACCCUCACUAUCUUCCUGAGGGUGGAAUCUUCUGGAUUGUUUGUCCCCACCCCAACACUCACAGGAACAAAGGCUUCCCUUGUCCCUUACCCAGUAUAUCUGAUAGGGAUGGAGCUGCCUUGCAAGGCUGUUGAGUCUCCAGGGGCUCAUUGACUCUAGGUGACUCGCGUGGACUCGGGUUUGCAACAUUGUUAUUUGACAAAAACUGCCUUUGAAAGGUCCAUUUGGUAGUAUCUAGUUGCCACUGCCUAAUUCUGGUUUUGGCUUGUUCCCUUCUGGCAAGGGACGUUUGGAGGGCUGGGACUGGAAUGCUGUUAUCUUAGGGUCAUGUGAAUUUCCUGAACUUGGAGAGCUUGUGGGUUGAGUCUCCUUAGGAAGUGAGGUGGCUGGGGGGGGGGGGUGCAUGCCUGUAAUUCCAGCAUUUGGGAGGCAGAGGCAGGUGGAUCUUGAGUUUGAGGGUAUCCUGGUCUACAGAGAGUUCCAGGACAGUUAAACAAGUCUGAGGUGGAGGCAGCUGAGUGUUCUAGAUUUUCACAGAAGUAUUCAACUGGUAGGGCUAACAGCUAGCAGGAAUAAUUAUUUUUCAUUUAAAAAUGCCAGGAGGCAAGGUUGUGCUGUUGCAUGCCUUUAGUCCCAGCCCUUGGCAGUCUCGAGCAGGCAGACCUCUGGAAGUUCAGGGUCAUCCUGGUUUACUCAGCAAGUUCUAGGAUAGCCAGAGCCGCACAAUGAGACCUUGUAUCAAAUUCUAGGAGAUAGCCUGGCAGUGGUGGCGCAUGCCUUUAAUCCCAGCACUCAGUAGGCAGAGCCAGGUGGAUCUCUGAGUUCGAGGCCAGCCUGGGCUACAGAGUGAGAUUCAGGACAGGCACCAAAACUACACAGAGAAACUCUGUCUUGAAAAACAAACAAAAAUCACUGAGGAGUGGAGAGCAAAGCUUGGGUUUGUCACACGUGAGACAGAACUUGCAACUUCUGGGUGACAGGUGAAUGUAGAGAUGACUUGAGGAUGGGAUACCGACUUUAAGGAACCUCUCUGUGGCCAGGCUUUCUCUCUGAGGCAGAGUCUCACUGUAGCUCUGGCUGGCCUAUGACUCACACUACAGUCCAGGUUGGCUUAGAACUGGAGAUCUGUUUGCCUCUGCCUCCUGAGUGCUAGGUAAAAAGAUUCUUCAGGCCGGGUGUGGUGGCACACGCCUUUAAUCGAAGCACUUGUGAGGCAGAGCCAGGCGGAUCUCUGAGUUCAAGGCUAGCCUGGGCUACAGGAAAGGCGCAAAGCUACACAGAGAAACCCUGUCUCAAAAAAAAAAAUUCUUCAGAAUGAAAUCUUUUACUUUUGCUAUGAUGUAGCAUAGUACUAAUAGUACUAAGUACUCCCCUGCAUGCACAAGGCCCUGACUUUGAUCUCUAGCACCAAAGGAAACAGAUGCAGGUGAUUUUAUCUGUUUUCUUGAGAAGAGAUCUCAUUAUGUAGCCCUGGCUGGCCUGAAACUCGGCUCUGCCUGCCUCUCCUGGGAUUAAAGACAUGUGCCACCACAUCAGGUCUUCAUUUCGUUAGUGGAAACAGGGUGACUAUAGCCCAGGCCUUGAACUCAUGUAGCUGCAGAAUCAGCUUUUUUUUUUUUUU